GACAAAACUUUCGAAAUUAUCUACUAGAUAGCGCUGUAAUGAUCGAAGCGCUAUCUACCGUAUCUUUUAUGAACACUUUUAUCAAACUAAUCAACUUAUCUGUGCAGACGUAUCAUGCAUAUAAUAAAAUUUUUCAAUACCGCAUGUGAUUGGUACUUGUUUAUGUUUAAGAAAUGUUUAUUAUUUAAAUAAUAAAAUUUAUAUUAACAUAGUAAUUUAAUUUGUUAUGUCAAACAUUAUUUUUAUGUUAAACAAUAUAUUUUUUAAGUCAUAGAUUAUAUUAUUUCUAUUUUAUAAUGCGCAACAGAUUUAUUUUAUUUAUCUUUCUCAUUGUUUUUUGUUUUUACGAAAUUAAUUAUGUUAUAUGUAUAAAAUCUCCUAAUAAAAGUGAAUUGCAAGGUGAAAAAUAUCCACCAUGUGCUGCUUGUAAAAUACUUGUUAAUAGUUUUAAAAAUGGUUUAGAACGUACAAGCCGUGGAAAAUUUGAAGGUGGUGAUAGUGCAUGGGAAGAAGAUAAGUUAGGUUCUUAUGCGACAAGCGAAGUACGUCUCAUAGAAAUACAAGAACAUUUAUGUGAAGAAGUAGAGCGUGGUAAAGAUCAAUGUCAUUCCAUAGCAGAAGAAUUAGAGAAUAAAAUAGAGGAAUGGUGGUUUAAACAUCAAAAUACCUAUCCAGAUGUAUUUGAUUAUUUAUGCAUAGAACAAACAGAACGUUGUUGUCCAAAAGAUCAUUAUGGUCCCCAAUGUAUGCAAUGUCCAGGCUUUCCAGAUAAUGUCUGUAAUAAGAAUGGCAAAUGUAAAGGUGCAGGUACAAGAAAAGGGAAUGGUAAAUGUCUUUGUGAUAAAGGCUACGAUGGAGAAACAUGUAAUGAUUGUGCACCAGGAUAUUAUGAAUCUUAUAAGGAUGAAAAUAAAUUACUAUGCUCUACUUGUCAUGCUGCUUGCAAUGGUUCUUGCAAAGGGCCAGGACCUAAAGAUUGCGAGAUGUGUUCUGAUGGAUGGUACAUGAUAGAUGAACGAGGUUGUUUUGAUAUUAAUGAAUGCUUAAAAAGUGAUGAAUCUUGUCCUGGAAAUCAAUUUUGUGUCAAUAAAGAAGGAAGUUUUACAUGUCUAGGAUGUGAUAAAGCUUGUAAUGGUUGUACUGGGGAUGGUCCAGAUAUGUGUAUAAAAUGUGCGGAUGACUAUCAUAAGAAAGAUAACUUGUGCAUAAAUUCAGAUCUUCUUGGUCGUAAGAGACAUGAAAAUUUUGCACGGUAUGCAACAUACCUUGGUCUUUGUGUAGCAACAUGUAUCAUUUUACAACGAAAUAUAUAUGCAGCAAGUGUUAUAGGCAUAUUAGUUGCAGUUUAUAUAUCAGUGUCUGAAUACAUGUUAUCUCAUAGUAAUAUUCAAGAUACAACAGCAAAUAUGGAUAUAUUAGGACCAGCUUGAUAAAAUCAAAAAACAUAGUUUAAAUACAAAUUAGUUUUAAUAUAUAUAAUUUAUGAUUUGUAUGAAUGUAAUUAUAUAUAAUAAUGUAUCGGACAAAAAUAUUUAUAUAAUAAUC